CGGCGGCCGGGCGGCUGUUUGCGCCGCAAUCCCAGUGGGGGAAAAACAAGCCGAGGGCGCAUGGUUGGGCUGAGCCGGGGCAGAGCAUCCUCCGCCGCGGCAGGACGAGGAGACCUUUCCGCCCUGAAAGGGGGACGCAGUGUGUGACUGGAGCUGGGGUGGAAUACAUGCUGAUAGCAUGAUGGAAGAGACAGAAAAAUGUUCAUCUCUCAAUUCCCUGCCUAAAUACUUCCCUGUUCAGGAAGCUGACAAAACUGAUCAAAAUGGCAAAGCUCAAAGGAAUGAAGACAAAGGAACAAUGCAACUGAAAAAAGAAAUCUCUCUUCUGAAUGGGAUCAGCUUAAUAGUAGGAAACAUGAUUGGUUCUGGCAUCUUUGUUUCCCCCAAAGGAGUGCUUAACCACAGUGCAUCGUAUGGAUUGUCGCUAGUCAUCUGGGCCAUUGGGGGCAUUUUUUCAGUCUUUGGUGCUCUCUGCUAUGCGGAACUUGGAACCACUAUCACUAAGUCAGGAGCCAGUUAUGCAUAUAUCUUGGAGGCCUUUGGAAGCUUCAUUGCCUUUAUACGUCUGUGGACCUCACUGCUGAUCAUUGAGCCAACAAGUCAGGCUAUUAUUGCAAUAACUUUCGCCAACUACAUAGUGCAACCAGUCUUCCCUUCUUGUCAGCCUCCUUAUGUUGCUUGUCGACUUAUUGCAGCUGCCUGUAUAUGUCUUCUAACGUUUAUAAAUUGUGCCUAUGUUAAGUGGGGAACCAGGGUGCAAGAUGCCUUCACUUAUGCCAAAGUCACUGCUCUUAUUGUCAUCAUCGUAACAGGAGUUGUUAAACUGUGCCAGGGACACUCGCAACACUUUCAGGACUCUUUUGAGGGAUCAUCUUGGAACCUUGGUGGCAUUUCUCUUGCACUUUACUCUGCCUUGUUCUCAUACUCAGGUUGGGACACCCUUAAUUUUGUAACUGAAGAAAUAAAAAAUCCAGAAAGAAACCUGCCACUAGCGAUUGCAGUUUCUAUGCCAAUUGUGACAAUUAUCUACAUUUUGACCAAUAUAGCUUACUACACAGUGCUGGAUAUUAAUGCCGUACUCUCUAGUGAUGCGGUAGCAGUGACAUUUGCUGAGCAAGUGUUUGGAGUAUUCAGCUGGAUCAUCCCAAUUGCUGUUGCCUUCUCUUGUUUUGGUGGACUCAAUGCUUCUAUUUUAGCAUCAUCUAGGCUGUUCUUUGUCGGAUCCAGGGAGGGUCACCUUCCUGACCUCUUGUCAAUGAUACACAUAGGGAGAUUUACACCUGUACCUGCACUUCUAUUCAAUUGUUCUAUGAGCCUGAUAUACUUGAUUGUCGAAGAUGUCUUCCAACUUAUUAACUACUUCAGCUUCAGCUAUUGGUUUUUCGUGGGACUGUCAAUUGCUGGCCAACUCUACCUCCGUUGGAAGGAACCAGAUCGGCACAGACCACUCAAGCUGAGCCUGUUUUUUCCAAUAUUCUUCUGCAUCUGCUCGGUGUUUCUGGUGGUUGUGCCACUCUAUAGUGAUACCAUUAAUUCCCUGAUCGGCAUUGGCAUUGCACUCUCUGGGAUUCCAGUGUACUUCAUGGGAGUCUACCUGCCUGUUUCCAAAAGACCUCCACUGGUCAGCAAAAUCUUAGGUGCUGUCACUCGAGCCACUCAGCUGCUUUGUUACUGCGUUCUGACAGAAAUGGAUACGUCUGAAGAAAUACUAGAGGCCAAGUCUCAGUAAAGACACACGUGACUAAAACACGAAACGAGCUGUGGGAGAGACCGUGGGCCUGCAUUGUGGGCACAUAGGGAGCAAGACUGGAGUCGGGACUCUUCCCCUGCCCCCUGAUCGGGGGUUGUUGCCCAGAUCAUACCGUGUCAUGAUCUAGGGUUGCGUUUUGGAGUGUGGUGUUUUGUUUCUGGGGUGGGUUUUUUGUAAACUGUAUUGGAAAGGCCAACCUUCUCAAGCAUAGGACUCAUCCUGAAAAUAAGGAAUGUUUCUUUGAGCGCAAACUGAGCAUUUUAAUCAGGGUUUGGAAAUUUGGUUUCACUUGACUUCUGAGCCGCAUGGCAACAGUGUUUUAUUUAUUUAUAUUUUCACCCAUUCCAAACCAGUUUAAAAGGCACCAACAAAUCCUUCCCACCUGCAUGCAUUAACUGGCUGCAGACCUCUGUGGACUUGUGGUCUAUGGCAAAAUGUUCAAUCACAGAUUGAAUUCAGCAUAAAGUUCACCUUUUACCACCUUUAGGAACUCUUGUCUGCAGGUAGAGCAUCCUUGGAUGUCAUGGUGUAUCUACUGACUGUGGAAUUCUUGCUCUGAAGCUGCUGUUCAACAUUUGAACACAGAAACAUUUUAUUUCAUUAGACGGGGACAAUCCAAGUUAAUUUUUUUUAAUGCUGAAGAACCACCUGCCAGGUCUUGUUUGGGUGGUUCCAAUUGGAACCUAUAAAGUGAUAAUAGGAACUUAAAUACUUCCAAAGGCUGAGAAUAUCACAGCAGGGACUGGCUAGUCAGUCUUUUUUCAGCACUAUUUAUUGUGUAGUUACUAAUGAAUACUUAUCAGAGAUCUUUCCCGUAUUUAAAGACUUCUUUCCUAUAAAGCAGAAUGUUUGGCGAUAUUAAGAAUGGAAUUUUCCAGUUCGGUAUGUGGGUCUUUGAGAACGGGGAUGAAAUGGUAUCGUUUAGGGAUCUAUAUACUGUGCAAAGUCUUAUGUGCCAUGUUCACAAAGACUUUCCCCCUCACACACAUUUGGCUUGCCUGAGAUGUUUAAUGCAAAAAGGUGAGAAAUGGCUGCACCCCUCAUGUGUGUGUAUGUACAGGGGGAACUCUAAACUUUAAAACCAACCAAAAGCUUGACUCUUUCCUUAGAAUUUGGUUUGAAUAUUUUUAGCCAUCCUUUCCUUUACACCCCCUGGAAGUUUAUAGUUAUGAACAUCUAUUUGUCCUCUUA